GCGAACCUAAGUACAGUCGCAGCGGUUUCUCACGUUUUACUGACAUUCGGGAAUGGAAGCCCACGGUCGGAUUUUUACAUGCCCCCAGGCCGGGUUUCUGGCUUUCUUGCGAAAUCUCCCGGUUUUUAAAUAUUUCCAGUCAAAACAAGACUGCGCUCACAUGCAGCCCACCGGCAGCGGAUUUGCCAAUUCUGGCGUAGAGAGUGGGAACCUGAUGAGGCGAAUACCUCAGGCAGUGAAAGCUAAGAAACGAGGAGGUUUUGUUAAAGUCGAGAAUGGGGUUCUGUAUCCUAGGGUUUGAGGGCCAGGAUUCCCGGAAGGACUGAAAUAAACGCAAAGUGGCGGAAGGAUCGCGCGGUCUUCCCGGCUGUGUCCGGCCAGUCCGGCCAGCGCGAUCCCGAGUUUCUCCAGCAGCGCCCAAGACAACGUCGUGGGGGCGGUCAGGGUUGCCGUGGAGGAAGAGAACUGCCCGUGUAUUCCCUCACCGGGCCCAUCAGCUUCAAGCCGUCGCGAAGCACCACCCGACCCUUCCCAGGUUUCCUGAGGACCCUCCCAGGUGAAGCGUUCAGGCCCGCGAUCUCUUUUAGUUCCCCGCUCAGGCCCCUCCCAACUCCCCCAGUGCCACGACUUCCGUUUGCCUGGUCGUCUGGGAAACCGCCAACUUCCGGCCGCGAAGCGGUGGGCGGAGCCAAGAUGGCUGAGGAGCCGCUCGUGAAGAGAACUCCGGUUCCUGCAUCUGCUGAAUCUCAGAAACCCCGGCUGAAAAAAGCUCAAGAGUUUCCGAUUUUGGAGAAGCAGAACUGGUUGAUACAUCUCCACUAUAUCCGGAAGGAUUAUGAGGCAUGCAAGGCUGUUAUCAAGGAGCAACUUCAGGAGACUCAGGGCUUAUGUGAAUAUGCUAUCUAUGUCCAAGCAUUAAUAUUUCGCCUGGAAGGAAAUAUCCAAGAAUCCCUAGAACUCUUUCAGACCUGUGCUGUUCUCAGCCCUCAGUGUGCUGAUAACCUCAAGCAGGUGGCCAGAUCUUUAUUUCUUUUGGGAAAACAUAAAGCUGCCAUUGAAGUAUAUAAUGAAGCAGCUAAACUUAACCAGAAAGAUUGGGAGAUCUGUCACAACGUGGGAGUCUGCUACAUUUAUCUGAAACAGUUCAGUAAGGCACAAGACCAGCUGCACAAUGCCCUCCAUCUUAACAGGCAUGAUUUGACUUACAUAAUGCUGGGGAAGAUCCACUUGCUGGAGGGAGACUUGGACAAGGCCAUUGAAAUCUACAAGAAAGCAGUGGAGUUCUCACCAGAAAAUACGGAACUUCUUACAACUUUAGGACUACUCUACUUACAGCUCGGUAUUUACCAGAAGGCAUUUGAACACCUUGGAAAUGCACUGACUUAUGACCCUACCAACUACAAGGCCAUCUUGGCAGCAGGCAGCAUGAUGCAGACCCACGGGGACUUUGAUGUUGCCCUCACCAAAUACAGAGUUGUAGCUUGUGCCGUUCCAGAAAGUCCUCCGCUCUGGAAUAACAUUGGAAUGUGUUUCUUCGGCAAGAAGAAAUACGUGGCAGCUAUCAGCUGCCUGAAGCGAGCCAACUACUUGGCUCCCUUCGAUUGGAAGAUUCUGUAUAAUUUGGGCCUUGUCCACCUGACCAUGCAGCAAUAUGCAUCGGCUUUCCAUUUCCUCAGCGCAGCCAUCAACCUCCAGCCAAAGAUGGGGGAGCUCUACAUGCUCUUGGCUGCCGCGGUGCCCACUUUCUUUGUUGCAGUGGCCCUGACCAAUCUGGAAGAUCCAGAGAACGCCAAGAGAGCCUACGCAGAAGCCGCCCGCCUGGACAAGUGUAAGCCUUUAGUAAACCUCAACUACGCGGUGCUGCUGUACAAGCAGGGCGAGAAGGAGGGCGCCCUGGCCCAGUACCAGGAGAUGGAGAGGAGCGUCCGCCUGCUCAGGGACAGCGGCUCGCUGGAGUUUGACUCUGAGAUGGUAGAGAUGGCCCAGAAACUGGGAGCUGCCCUCCAGGUUGGGGAGGCACUGGUCUGGACGAAACCAGUUAAAGAUGCCAAGUCAAAGCACCGGACCACUUCAACAAGCAAAGCUGCCGGUGUCCAGCAGCCUCUGGGCUCUAAUCAGGCUCUGGGACAGGCGAUGUCUUCAGCAGCUGCACACAGGAAGCUCCCCUCAGGUGCUGGAGGGACAUCCCAGCUCACAAAGCCACCGUCUCUGCCUCUGGAGCCAGAGCCCACUGCGGAAGCACACCCAGCUGAAGCAUCGGCACAAAUAAGAGAAAAACAGGAGUAGGAUGACCCCGGAGUAGGGGUUUCUUUGGUGAGGAUGUAGCAGGUUAGGAAGGGUCAUGUGACACUGGCAGCAAGGUGGCCAGUGUGUUCCCUGGGCACCAGGGGACGCAGAAGUGUUACGAUGAUCACAAGGAGCCUACAGCUGAUUCGGCCUCCCGUUAGCCCCGUCAGCCCGGAGAUAGGAGAGAGCCCAGACGGGUCCUUUAAGAAUUAAGUGCAAGGCUCAUGGCUCUGUGUUUGUAGCUCCAAGAGCCAGCAGGGCACACGAUGCUGUUUGCUUUUGAAAUGACUUUGACCUCCUGGCUGACUGACCCCUUCCUUUGUGGAAGGAAAGUCUGAGGCCGACCUCUGCUCAGGAGCCCUGUUACGGUGAAGCCUCGGCUUAGCUGAGGUGACCCUCAGGCUGUGCGGCUUGUCAGCCCCGAAGGCAAACACAGAUCUUGGAUUAGUAAUCCAGCUCUAACAGUCUAAAUUGAAGGGGAAAAAAUGAUGAAAAAAACCUCUAUAAAUCGAGGCCCAGCCUGUUGGAUAUUCCAGCUGCACCUGUCCAAGGGAAUCCCAAACAAGUCCCUCUGUCUUGUUCUUGAGAGACAUCAGAGCGUAUGCAGAGCCAGAUCAUGUCAGUAAUGAUGAGAAGUAGGAGUGAGGGCUGGGCUGGUAGCGACACCAAGGAUGAAAAGGAAAAAAAGAGCUUCUUAAUUUUUACUUAAAAUAAUCAAUGAUACCCCUGGCCAGAUGCUAUCAGUACAUCAUCUAUGUGUCCUUUUUAGAAUAAAGAUUAUGUAUCAUCCCUUUGGGGAAAGUUGUUAGGUGUAAAAAGAAGAGAUCACAAUAAAACCUUUUUAAGAGAA